AUGGAGAUCGAGUGGAACACCACUGUAUUCCGUAGGCCGGGACUCACCUUCGAGGUGGUCGUGCAGAUAAUACCUCCGGAUAGGGCUCCUUCAUGGGGUGCCCUGCAAAUGGUCUUGCUCAAACGUCGCCCGCCCUCCAUCAUUGUNAUUAAUAUCACAGGAAUGGAGAUCGAGUGGAACACCACUGUAUUCCGUAGGCCGGGACUCACCUUCGAGGUGGUCGUGCAGAUAAUACCUCCGGAUAGGGCUCCUUCAUGGGGUGCCCUGCAAAUGGUCUUGCUCAAACGUCGCCCGCCCUCCAUCAUUGUAUUGUGUCAGACACAGGCCCUGUGUUUCCCGCACUUCCCGAUCGGUCAGAAGAUUAAUCCGGUGAGAGUGGGACUGGAGGGCAAGUGUCGCGAGAACUGUGAUGGAGAGCUCCGGUACGAGUGGUCCAUAUAUGGUGUCGACAACAGCACCCAAGAGAUACUGCUGCCUAACGCCAGCUAUUACGUGGUGGGCGCCUACGAGCCCAAAAUGGCCCUGGGCAUCGAGUUUUUCUCAGAAUACUACCCCAUGUUUAAGGACUUUUUCGCCCGACUCUCGGUCACUAAUGAGGACGGAGUGGCCGGAGAGUCCGACAUAUUUUUGCACAUCAAUCAGCCCCCAGAGGGAGGCGAGUGUACCCUUACACCAGACACGGGGUAUGCUCUGUUGGACAGGUUCAACGUCCGGUGCUCUGAUUGGAUGGAUCCCGAAGACAAACCUAUUGAGUAUUACGCCUUCUGGGCGCGUAAUAUAGACACCGGGAAUGUCCAGUAUUUGAUGUACGGACCCGACCGCUNUGCUCUGUUAGACAGGUUCAACGUCCGGUGCUCUGAUUGGAUGGAUCCCGAAGACAAACCUAUUGAGUAUUACGCCUUCUGGGCGCGUAAUAUAGACACCGGGAAUGUCCAGUAUUUGAUGUACGGACCCGACCGCUACACCACUCUUAUCCUCCCGUACGGUAACUUCACUAUCGGUGCCGACAUUAAGGACAAAGAGGGAGCCGUCAUAAGAGUUAACAUCACAGAUGUGUCCACUCUAUUGCCAACCCGUAAAAUGUACGACACUUUCAUGAACUCCAAGUCAUUGGACAACACCGACGCUGCAGGAGAUCAGGCACAAAUGAGCAUGGUAACACAGGCAUUAUCAUCGCUGAUGAACGUUAAGAUGCCCCGCGAGAGCGCCACCACUACGACCACCACCACCACAACGACGACCACUACAAUGGCCGCACCUGUCAGUGACGAACUCACAGAGAAGGAGAUCGAAAUGGCGGCCAAGACUAGGGCCCGGAUGGUUAAGUCGGUGGAGGCCAUCAUGAAUGUGGACACUCUUAACAGUUUGGAACAAAUCGGCAGUGCAUUGACAUCAUUGGCCGGUAGGGGCGAAGGUAUCGACAAUGAGGCUAAAGAAGUGAUCAUCAAAUUGUUGAAUAAGACGGUGACGAUGGCGGCCACCGUUCAGGUGGAGAGCCCUCAACAGCUCAUCGACUUCUUGACCUUCGCCGUCGGAACUAUGGGUGGAAUCGUUAACAGAAUGACUGAACAAAUCAUUUCGGGUGUCGUUAUGCCUACCGAUCGGUCAAAGGCCUGGAAUUUGGAUUAUAGUGUAGAAGUGCCCGAUGAGGACGAGGAGCCGGACUACAUAAUGGACAGCAAGACGUCAAUCAGCGACGCCCUCGAGAAAGCUGUCAUCCAAUCGGAACGAAAAGGGGCCGAACUGAGGCUAAAGAAGUGA